AUGCCUGGUCGUGCCGUCCUGACAUUUCUCCUUCUGGCUGUCGCUUCCGCUGCCUACGACAGCGUCGGACUGGUGCCGGUAAGCCGGAGGAGCUUCCCCAAGGGCUUCGUCUUCGGGACGGCCUCCUCGUCCUAUCAGUAUGAGGGUGGUGCGAUGGAGGGACGCAGGGGACCAAGCAUCUGGGAUAACUUCACUCACCAAUACCCAGAUAAAAUUUUCGACAAAAGCAAUGGGGAUGUGGCAGUGGACUCUUACCAUCUUUACAAGGAAGAUGUGCGCCUCAUGAAGGAUAUGGGAAUGGAUGCAUACAGGUUCUCCAUCUCAUGGACAAGAAUUCUUCCAGAUGGGACUCUGAGAGGUGGAGUGAACAAAGAAGGCAUCCAAUAUUAUAAUAACUUGAUUAAUGAGCUCCUAUCCAAAGGGCUGCAGCCAUUUGUGACCCUUUUUCACUGGGAUUCACCUCAGGCACUGGAAGAUGAAUAUACAGGGUUUCUUAGCCAUAACAUCAUAAAUGACUAUAAGGAUUAUGCUGAAGUCUGCUUCAGAGAGUUCGGAGAUCGAGUGAAACAUUGGAUUACAUUCAACGAGCCCUUGUCAUUUUGCGUCGCGAGCUAUGCGAUGGGAGUGCUUGCGCCAGGUCGGUGCUCGCCUUGGGAGGUGGGGAAAUGCAGCGCUGGAGAUUCGGGAACGGAGCCUUACACUGUAGGCCACCAUCAGCUACUCGCCCAUGCAGCGGCCUUCAAAUUAUACAAACAGAAAUACCAGGCCAUCCAGAAGGGGAAGGUUGGGAUAACUCUAGUCACAAACUGGUAUGUUCCCUUCUCACAUUCGAAGUCCGACAAUGCUGCAGCGAAGCGUGCUAUAGACUUCAUGCUUGGAUGGUUUAUGGAACCCCUCAAGAGAGGAGUCUACCCCCAGAGCAUGAGAAAAUUGGUCGGGAAUCGCUUGCCGCAGUUCACAAAAGAACAAUCUGAAUUAGUCAAGGGCUCAUUCGACUUCAUUGGAAUGAAUUAUUACACUGCAAACUAUGCUGCUAACCUUCCUCCAUCAGAUGACCUGAAGAAAAGCUACAAUACAGAUGCUCAAGCUAAUCUUACCGGUGUUCGAAAUGGCGUCCCCAUAGGUCCUCAGGCUGGUACAUCUCCCGGUACAUCUUGGCUAUAUGUCUACCCGCAAGGGUUUCGUGAUCUACUGCUUUAUAUCAAAGAGAACUACGGCAAUCCUACUGUCUACGUCACUGAAAACGGCGUCGGCGAACCCAACAACAAGAGCCUAACAAUCCAGCAAGCCCUCAAGGAUCACGCCAGGAUAGACUACCACCACAAGCACCUUCUUGCGCUGCAGAGUGCCAUAAGGGACGGCGCAAACGUGAAGGGGUACUUUGCGUGGUCUCUGCUCGACGACUUCGAGUGGGUAAGCGGGUACACCGUGCGUUUCGGGCUACACUUUGUGGACUACAGCGAUGGGCAGAAGCGCAAGCGGUAUCCCAAGCAGUCAGCACGCUGGUUCAAGAAGUUCCUCAAGAGAUGA